AUACAAGCUACUCAUCCCAAGACCUCGAUCGGCUCUACCCAUCAAACCAAUCACAACACUCACAGCCAAUCCAAGCUCACGUCUACUGGCCAUCUGCUCAACAGACCAAGUCUCAGUACUCAGUCUACCCAGGACAGAGGAACACUCAGACUCGAGCACUCAGAUCGAAUGCCAGACGACCAAGAUCGGAGCUGAGGAUGACCAGGACGAUCGACGUGAACCGAUCACCAAGGUACUCUGGCAUCCAUGGAGUCAUCGAGCCAGUACUCUGCUCAUUCUCCACUCCAACGGAAUCCUACUCGAGUUCGACGUCUCCAGGGACACACUCAACCCAACUCAGACCAUCGACUUCAACUCACCCUACAGCCUCCUGACCGAAUCAUAUCACCAUCAUCCAAGCUACUCUCAGGCUGGAAUCGCGUCAACCGAACCAUUUGAAUGCCAUCCCUCGCUGAUCUCUAGCUUCCAACAGGUCUCCUUGAACUCAUCAUCAACCAAGAAAUCUCUGAUCGGCCUAUCAAAACAUCCACAACGCUCUUCUACACCACUCGGGAGUCCGAAAGCCAGCAGAUCCAAACCACGGCUAUCCAGAUCGAUACCACCCUCUGCUAAAAAUCAUCGGUCUACUUCCCAGGGAACCUAUGGAGCAGCAGACCGCGCUUCAUCCACUGCCGUCUCGUUAUGCUUCGGAACUGGUGCUGGCGACUGGGGCCCUCUAACACUCUAUGCCAUCAUGCUCAACGGAGAUAUGUAUGCUAUCUGUCCCUAUCUACCCAAAAACGCGGUGAUUCCCCUUUCGUACAGGAACUCAUUACUAUUUUUCUUGACGGCGAAACUUCAGUCGAUCUCGAAUACACAGGGGACGGGGAAGAGCUUGAUGGAUCUACAAGGGCCCUUAGAGCGCUCGUUAGACUAUUUGAAUUCGCUCUCGGACGUUCCGGAUGAGCCGAUAGAUGAAGGAGAUCUAGAGGCAGAUUGCGAAAAUGAGGAAGAGGAAGGCGUGAAAAGGAAUCGGAGGAAAGAGACGUUCGAGGCCCUCCUCACGCCACUCCGACAGGGUCCGUUCUUAAUGACCCCCUCGCCGAUCGAGACGAACGAGAACGAGGAGGAAACGGUCUCCGAUCUGCUCCACUUCCGCUAUUCAUCAUCGCCCACUAAUCAGAGGAACUCCACCGCGGAGCCGACUCUCUCGGAUCCAAAUAACACCGGCCUGGGGGUGUUCAUGAUAGCCUACCAGAGCCGGAUCGAUGUCUGUCUAGAAGUAGAGAAGAUCGAGCCACGUUGGGUGUCAGUUUCCGACGUGGACGCGAAAGCUGCAACAACAACAACGACGACGACUGAGUUGCCGAUGCUAGUCACCUACGAAUGCAUUGAUCUGAGGCUUAUGGAUAGCGGCCGCUCGGAGUGUAUAGGUGGGACGAGUCCGCUGCGCAUGUCCGUAGACGCGCGGUACAAUGACACGAUCUACGUGUCCCAUCGGUGCGGGAUCCAUGGGAUGUCAAUGCAGGGCUGGUUGGAGAGUCUUUUGGCCGGGGAGGCCGACUCGGGACGGCUCGGUGACAUUAUCGGGGAGAGGACCGGCAGCCUGGUUGGCUGGCUGGUUCAGACUGCCUCUAGUGGGGACUCAACCUCCCAGGGCGCGCCUGGGAUAGCCGGGGUUAGUGUGAUCGAUGACGCGUAUCUGGGGUACAGUCUCAUGGCGCUCACCGACGAUGGCCAGCUAGUUGUGCUACCGCUCAAGCAUCGGCCCAUGGGACUCUCAACGGGGGCUCUCACGGGAGGAAAACCGGAGACGGCCAGGCCGGUCCUGCAGCUUAUGCCACCACCACCGGUCGAACGCCGGUCGAUGAGUCGGGGCCCGUCCGGCUUGUUAGGCGAUGGCUGGACGGUCCCGGUGCCUUUGGCGAGCGAUGCACGGGGACCAGGACUCAGUAGACCACCGGCCGACUCAUCCACCGUCACAUCUGCCAUGCUUCGCUACGGACUCCAAGUUUCCAACCGAGUCGACCACUACAUCCGUCAUCUCGUCGAAGCCAUCAACCUGGGGCAAAGCCGACUGGCACUACAAAUCCAAGAAUUCCAAUGCCAGAUCCGCAAGUUAAACCAGUAUCCUUCCCGUCUAGACGCCCUCGAUCAACACCUUCAAGCCCAACUCGAUCGGAUCGAGAACAUCCAUGCCAACCAGAAAAAACUGCUCAAGAAGGCAGACCUCGUCUUGCAAAAAUUGGUCGAUGACCGUAAUCGGAUCCUCUCGAGAGAAGAAGUUCGGUGGUUUGCUGAGCUCGAUAGGAUGUUUGGCGAGGUCUUUGGCGACCCUGAUGGCGAUAAAAAGGGCCUUAAAUCACUGAUCGAUCAGUUAAAGAGUCAAUUAGAGGCGACCAAGGCCCGAAUCCGACCGGCCCAUGAAGACCAACUAAGCAGUCGAACCAACGGCAGAGGAAAGACGCCGAUGACAGCUCCCACGAAUCCGGAAGGAAUAGCAGGCGUGGGCAAGAAGAUGGGCGAGAGCCAAUUGGUGCCGAUUUACCAUAAACUUGAACAAGCCAAUGGUUGUUUGGCGAUCAUCCAUGAUCAGAUCGCCAAGAUUAAUAAGACUUUGGCCGGGCGACCAUCGGCUUGAUCUUCCGAUCUUAUAUCUCACCUCCUUCUGCUUAUCAAUCUGUUGUCUGACCAGCUUGCUUUUUUGUUCUUGCUUCGGUCAUGGGAAUCGUGGUUGCUUGAGCUUGAUCUUGAUAGGAGGAUCAUUGAGUGUGUGUCUGUGUGAAUUCCAGACUACAACAACUAUCGAUUUUGGAUACAUAUCAUUAUAAUUAAAAAAAUCAAUUAAUUACAUUGUAUAGACUUCUAGUGUUGAAGGAUCUACAUUAGAAAAUAUAGAUGAGUAAGUACACAAACGCAGUGCUGUGUUCAUGUCAGAGAAAUUGGUUCUCAAAAUUAUAUUUCUAGCGAUGGCAUGUGGUGGGCAUCUACCAAA